UUAUAUUUGUUUUUAUUGUCUCCUUUCUUCACAGGCAAAAUUCAUAACUCCUACUAAUUACAAAGAUGUCGUAGAGGAGAGGUUCAUCGCUAAAAUGUGUGCUUAUCCAAUAUGUUCGAUUAAACUGGGCAAGAUCCCAACUCAAAGGUAUCAAAUAUCGACAAAGACCAAUAAGGUGUACGACAUCACAGAGCGUAAGUGUUAUUGCAGUAACUUCUGCUACAAAGCCUCCAAAGAGUUUGAGCUACAGAUAUCCACUUCACCUCUGUGGCUCAGGCCGCACGAGACUCCUCCAGAAAUUAAAUUGAUGAAGAAAGGAGAUGGCGGGAGUUCUGGUGAGGAGGUGAGGCUGAAGGUAGAGCGUCUGACAGAGGAAGACAUUGAAAAUUCUGCCCCCCCUGAGGAGCCCCUUAGCUCUGAGCAGGGUCCUUCAGACGGCCUCCCCUACAGUGAGAGCAGCGACACCGAACAGGAGCAGGACUUUGUCUCCAGCGUGGUGUCCCAGAGGCAGGGACCCAGGGUGCACUGGGGCGACCUGCCUAAACGCACAGAUGAAGACCACAAAGAAGAUGAAGAGAGGGAGAGGAGAAAGAAACGGGAGGGGAAAAUAAAACAGGAAUCACGAGCAGAAGUUGAAACUGAUGGUAAAAAACAGCCGUCAUCUUUACGCACAGACACACCUCAUGUAGAGCAGGCACCAGAGGAAGUAGCCAGUGUGGAAGAGGCUAUAGCUAAGCUGAAUUUAUACAACUUAUCUGAGACUCACGCUGCUCCUCCACCUGUUCACUCAACAACGAAAGCACAACAUACAAAUCUUUUUGCUUCUCUACCUUGUGAAGACUCAAACAGCUCAACAGAAGGCAAACCCCUCCCCUUUUCCACCCUGAUCAAGAGUAAUCAUGAUGGUACAGCAUCGAACAUCCAGCCAGGCCUCAACAUCACCCAGGUGGGGAUGAGCAAGAGAGGUGCUGCCGGGCUUCGAGACCUCUUUAAAAACCACGCUGCUGCUGCUGCUGCUGCUGCUGCUGCUGCUGCUGCUGCUGCCCAACCCGACUCCAUCAGGCUCAACCUGCUGGAGAGCCUGAGGAGAACGCUGAAGGAGUGGGGCACCGAGGAGACGCUGAAGUUCCUGUACGGCACUGAACACUCACACAGCGCAACUUUCCAUGGUGUAAAAGAAGUAGAAGAGGAUAAAGAGGAGGAGCUGGACGAAGACGACCUUGAGGAUGAGGAUGAUGAUGGGGGGCAGGAGAGACCGUCUGCUGCAGCUCCAGACUACCAGGCGCUGAGGCAGGAGACCCAGCAGGCGGAGAUCAGAGUCAGGGAGUUCUAUAAAGGCAGCCGGACUCUACCUGAGAAGAAGGAGGAGCAGGAAGGAAACAAGGUGAGGGAAGGCGAGAGGAGGGGUGUUAAUGAAGGGUGUUGUUGUGAGAGUCAGUGGCCACAUGAAGGCACUGUAUGAAACAUCUUUGAUACUGAAAUCACUAUG